GCUGUUUUUGCAGUUUUCCCAAUUCUAUAGAAAAUAGCUAACUACAUACGAUGUUAAAAUGCCAAUAUGCUGGCUUAUCAGUGAGGAGGAUAGUCAUAAACCCAUUCGACUGCCACAGCAACAGACAGUUGUCUUGGGUCGAGGUCCAGAGACGACUAUUAAAGACAAAAAAUGCUCUCGUCACCAAGUUGAAUUGAAAGCAGAGUGCAACAAAGGUUAUGUCACAGUAAAACAGUUGGGCUUGAAUCCUACCUCCGUAGAUUUUGCGGUGGUUGGCAAGGACAACGAGGUAAAAAUGAAGGCUGGACAGCGUCUUCUUAUUGUCAACCAGCUCUACCCAUACACUGUACAGUUCAAUGAGGAUCCCGCCAGGGACCACGGCGGCACCAAAAGACCACGAGAGCUGUCUUCGGGGGACAGAGAGAGUCGCACACAGGAUUCAAGUCUGAAAGCCGCCAAACAGUCAGAAAAAGUCCCUGCGUCAAUCGGCCAGGAAGAAGCUACAAAAAGCAGUGAAAGCUUUGGGCAUUGGAGCCAAGGUCUGAAAACCUCCAUGCAAGACCCCAAGUUGCAGGUAGCGGUUUAUGUUAGUGUGAUGCUAAAUUAUCUGCAUCUCUGUGAAAUUUGUUACUGCUUGACUUACUGUUUAAAUCUGAUUUUUUUUUUAAAGGUAUACAAGGAUGAUAAGGUAGUUGUUAUCAAAGAUAAAUACCCCAAAGCUCGCUACCACUGGCUGGUCCUCCCGUGGCAGACCAUUUCCAGCCUGAAGGCCUUAAGGGAGGAGCACUGCGACCUGGUGAAACACAUGCAGCAGGUGGCUGAGCGGACGGUUCAGCAGUGCCCAGAUGCUAACUCGCUACGAUUCCGUACGGGGUACCACGCCAUCCCCAGUAUGAGUCAUGUACACCUGCAUGUGAUUAGCCAGGACUUCGACUCUCCUUGUUUGAAGAACAAAAAGCACUGGAACUCAUUUACGACUGACUAUUUCAUGGAGUCGCAGGACGUCAUUCAGAUGCUUGAAACAAAUGGAAGAGUCAACGUGAAAGAAGGAACCAGCGAGUUGUUGAAACUACCUCUGCGCUGUCACAUGUGUCGCAAAGAUAUUCCCACUAUACCAGCUCUUAAGGAGCACCUAAAGUCUCACUUUCCCAGCUAAAAAGGUGACCUCAAUACACGCCUCAAGUCUUAAUGGAAUAAACAUGGGACUGAAGUGUGUUGGUCGCUAUUUUUGCCGAUCAAUUCUGAAUCACGUUUUUGUUUUCAAGUCAUUUUGUGAUAGUAACACAAUGUUGUGGAUGCAAAUAAAUAUUUUUUCAAGAGGUUUAGGAAGA